GAAAAAUAGGUCCCAUUUGAUUCUUUGUUCCAGGGUUGGGGUUGGAGAGCGCCGCGCCCAAAUGUCUACGCCAUCAAGGAAGCGCUUGAUGCGAGACUUCAAGCGCCUCCAACACGAUCCUCCCGCGGGAAUCAGCGGCGCGCCGCAGGACAACAACAUCAUGCUCUGGAACGCGGUGAUCUUCGGGCCGGAUGACACUCCCUGGGAUGGAGGGACGUUUAAGCUGACAUUGCAAUUCACAGAGGACUAUCCCAACAAACCUCCCACCGUGAGGUUUGUUUCCAAGAUGUUCCAUCCCAAUAUUUAUGCUGAUGGAAGUAUUUGCCUCGACAUUCUGCAAAAUCAAUGGAGUCCGAUCUACGAUGUUGCGGCAAUUCUUACGUCCAUACAGUCACUGCUUUGUGAUCCUAACCCAAACUCGCCGGCGAACUCCGAAGCAGCGCGGAUGUAUAGUGAGAACCGUCGAGAGUACAACCGGAGAGUCCGCGACAUUGUGGAGCAGAGCUGGACGGCGGAAUAGCCUGGAUUUGUGGGGUCUGAGAAACACGUAUGGCUGGCCGUCACAGGUAAUCUGUGUAUCCUUUAGUACUUUAUUCAGUGAAAUGUGUGCUGCUCCAGGCACGCAUAAAGAAUGAAAAAGCAAUCCGGAAAACUUUGGCUUGUCUAUAAGCCAGCUGCAAA